UAAAAGUUAAAUUGACAAUGGCUCUGCCGAACGCCCCAAUUGACGAAACCCAAAUUUUAAAAGCCGAAGUGGAGAGGCUUACAAGGGAGCUCGAUCAAGCAAGUAGCGAAAAAGUACAGUCUGCAAAAUUCGGGCUUGUUUUACUUGAAGAAAAAAGACAUCUUCAGCAAAAAUGUGAAGAGUUAGAAACACUGUAUGAAAAUACUAAACAUGAUCUGCAAAUUACACAGGAGGCUCUCACUAAAUUUCAAUCUAGUCAUAGAGUGACAACUAAAACAGGGAUUGAAACAGAAGAGUCUUUGUUGUCUGAGUCAGCUGCUCGUGAAACGUCUCUUAAUUCUCAAAUAAUUGAGCUGGAGAAUGAAGUUAAACAGUUAAGGCAUGAGUUGGAAAGAGUAACUGUAGAAAGAGAUAGGAUGUUGCAAGAGAACUCUGAUAUUGGCAAGGAUAAAGAGGAUCGCUACAUGGAGUGUAAACGACUGCGUACUGAAUUAAGGGAGAUAAAGUUUAGAGAAACCAGAUUAAUAGCAGAUUAUUCAGAACUUGAGGAGGAAAAUAUUGCCUUACAAAAACAAGUUUCAGCUUUACGUAGUGCACAGGUAGAUUUUGAAAGCUUAAAACAUGAAACAAGACGUCUACAAGAAGAAGUCGACCUAUUAAAUUCUCAAGUUGAAGAAUUAUCAAAUUUAAAGAGAAUUGCUGAAAAGCAUAUGGAAGAAGCAUUAGAAUCAUUACAGUCUGAAAGAGAAGCCAAAUAUGCACUUAAAAAGGAACUUGAUCAACAUAUAAAUCGUGAAUCUUUGUAUAACAUAAGUAAUUUGGCCUACAGUAUAAGAGGGAUGUCUGAGGAUCAGGUUCUGGGUAGUGAUGGUGAAGAAGAGCUUCCAGGUCUUAAGCGUAUUGAAGCCAGUUUGUCAGAUGGUUCUGUACCAGAAUUAACAUCUCCAGAUGGCAAGCAAGUUGAUUUAUUCUCUGAAGUCCACUUAAAUGAAUUAAGAAAACUUGAGAAGCAGUUGGAAACUUUAGAAAAGGAAAAAUUGUCUUUAACACAGAAUUUAAGAGACAGCCAGGCAAAUGUUGAAAGAAGUCAUGGAGAACUUCAAAAUUUCUUAGCAAGAAUGGCUCAGUUGGCAGCCCAUGUAGAUGCUCUUCAACAUCUUAGUGAAAACGUUAACAAACAAGUAUCAAAUGAUUCUUCAAAGGUUCAUCUGGUCCUAUCCCAGUAUAAUCAGUGGUUCAAAUUAUCACAUAGAGAAAUCGAACAACUUAGAAAUGACCUGAAAGAGAUGGAAAAUAUUGUGAGUUGUUCGGAUUCCACGACGCAAUUAAGAACGGAGAUCACUUUCUUGAAGAAUAAAUUGAUGGACAUGGAACAACGAAAUAUGGAUUUAGAUAGUGACGUUAAAUUGCUCAGGGAAUUCGCGAGCGAAGCCGGGGCUUCUCUUGAAGAUGCUCACAACAAUCUUCAAACCAUUUCUGAUGAACUGGCUCAACUUUAUCAUCAUGUAUGUACAUUUAACGGAAAGACUCCAGAUCGUGUUGUAUUGGAACAUGAAAAGGGAAUGACGCCUGUGUGUGAAACUGCUAGACCAAUUUGUGAAAUGUCGAAGAUAGAGAUGCUUCGAAGCAAACUGAAAAGUGACAUUCCUCUGAACGACUUGGACAGUUUGAACGACACUGAAAAUGUAGCCAAACAGGUCGGCAUCAUUAUUGACCAAGUGAAACAUCUCCGUACUGCCAUAGAAAGCACCAUUGACAUGUCUAAGAAGAAAGAACAUACAACAGAAAAAUACGACUCUAUUAAAGAUGAAAAUACAGAGGCCGAAAUAGCCGAACUGCAGGAACAAGUAAUCCGUCUGAAAAGUUUGUUGUCCACAAAAAGGGAGCAAAUUGCUACACUUCGUACCGUCCUUAAAUCUAACAAGAACACUGCUGAGGUAGCACUCAAUAAUUUGAAGGCCAAAUAUGAAAAUGAAAAGACUAUUGUGUCUGAAACUAUGAUGAAUUUGAGAAACGAAUUAAGGCAUCUUAAAGAAGAUGCUGCAACAUUCUCAAGUUUGAGGGCGAUGUUUGCCGCUCGUUGCGAAGAGUACGUGACGCAAGUUGACGAACUUCAGCAGCAACUCAAUGCGGCCGAAGAGGAAAAGAAAACAUUGAACCAACUUCUUCGGCUGGCGGUUCAGCAAAAGUUAAGUUUAACGCAACGUAACGGAAAGACUCCAGAUCGUGUUGUAUUGGAACAUGAAAAGGGAAUGACGCCUGUGUGUGAAACUGCUAGACCAAUUUGUGAAAUGUCGAAGAUAGAGAUGCUUCGAAGCAAACUGAAAAGUGACAUUCCUCUGAACGACUUGGACAGUUUGAACGACACUGAAAAUGUAGCCAAACAGGUCGGCAUCAUUAUUGACCAAGUGAAACAUCUCCGUACUGCCAUAGAAAGCACCAUUGACAUGUCUAAGAAGAAAGAACAUACAACAGAAAAAUACGACUCUAUUAAAGAUGAAAAUGCAGAGGCCGAAAUAGCCGAACUGCAGGAACAAGUAAUCCGUCUGAAAAGUUUGUUGUCCACAAAAAGGGAGCAAAUUGCUACACUUCGUACCGUCCUUAAAUCUAACAAGAACACUGCUGAGGUAGCACUCAAUAAUUUGAAGGCCAAAUAUGAAAAUGAAAAGACUAUUGUGUCUGAAACUAUGAUGAAUUUGAGAAACGAAUUAAGGCAUCUUAAAGAAGAUGCUGCAACAUUCUCAAGUUUGAGGGCGAUGUUUGCCGCUCGUUGCGAAGAGUACGUGACGCAAGUUGACGAACUUCAGCAGCAACUCAAUGCGGCCGAAGAGGAAAAGAAAACAUUGAACCAACUUCUUCGGCUGGCGGUUCAGCAAAAGUUAAGUUUAACGCAACGGUUGGAGGACCUCGAAGUCGAUCGAGAGAUACGUAAUGCUCGGCGUCCAGGUGUCCGUAAUUACCAGAGAGGUGGUGGCCGUUCUACCCGUGACAUGUUCUAGCCCAGAUCACGCCCCUUCGUUUACCUGGUUGCGUUCAUCACGACGCUAUUUAAAUUGUAAACCGUGUGCAUUCUCUUGCACGAAACGGCAAACGGAGCUCCAACAACCAUUAACCGACGCGAAGGUCACACCUGUUUAUGGAAUGAAAGACAAAAAAAAGGACGUCUGGUUCAUCUCAAAAGAACGUAUUAAGGAGUAAAAUACGUCAGUACAGGUAUUUGUUAUGUGUAUUACUAACCUUCCCCAUUUUAUCUUGGGAAAAUUCUUUAUUAUUUAUUGUUGUUGUUAUCUACUCUGCAAUGUGGCAGAAUUUAAAAUAGCUGCUCGUUUGAUGCAAAAAAAUUAAGCUGUUCCAUUAUAGGUGGUGGUUAUUAAUAUUAAAUGAAAUAAGGAUCGUCUCUAUAGGUGCACAAUAAUAAAUUCUAAAAUACGAAAUUAAAUAGUAAAUAUAUGCAUAAAUCUAUAUUAUAUAUACAUUUUUGACGGAGGAAACAUGUAACAGUGAUGCAGUGUUACAUAUUUGACGUUAAAUGGUCCUUAUUACGAACAGUAACUAAAGUAUUGGUGUGAUAUAUUCUGGAAGAUGGAAUGAUCAUCUAAAAUAGUCCAAUUAUUGUUAACAUCAAGCAAACAAAUUAAUAAGUUGUAUGCUUGAUAUUUAAUUAUUAAAUAGCUCAUUUCGUACUGCUCUAUGAAAGGUGAAGAUGAAAAGUUCGAUAUUGAUUACCAUAUUAAUCAUCUAUAUAUUUUAAAUCGAACUUGAACGUUUUGUAAAUAAAUCAUACGUCCCAUGUUUAACGUAAUAAUAAUAAUAAUAAUAAUAUAUAUAUUUAUGAAUAUAAAGAUAUUCCUAUUCUUGUUUCAUAUUUUUAAAAUUAACAAUAAUAUGGUAACUAAAAAGUUUUUAUUCAAGGAGGAGGAAAAAGUGCAAUAACUUUAAAAUAUCAUUUAUGAUAAUUACAUGGUGAUCAGUUAACAAUUUUAAAAUGAUUAUUUUUUUGGAAGAAUAUCUUUAAACAGUUGGAAACAAAUUACUGACCAAAUGGCAAGUGGUUUGUUUGGUUAUUAAAAUAUAACGAAAAUUUCCAAAGAAAAGAAAAUGAAACUGGCGGAUAAUUUUAAAAAGCACCUAAAGAAUUAGUAAAAGUCCUAGGACGGAAGUUACUUAUUCGGUUAAAAUUUGCUAUAAAUAAAAGUCCUAGGACUGAGGACAAAAGUUACUUGUUCAGUUGAAUUUUAAAAAUUUAUGUUGAAAUUCUUAAUAUGGCCAAAUUCUCCUUUAACUAAAACUUGGCUAAGUUUACAAUUCAAUUAUAACAACUUUCCAUAAGGGUAUAUAAUGUAGUGUUAUUAGAUUUUUUUGUAAUGUAUGUUAAACAUUUCUGGUCUCUUUCAUGUGUAAACCGACUGAUAUUAGUUAUUUAUAACAUACUAUUUGAUAAGUAGCUGAAGCAUUUGUUGUAGUCUUGUAAUGUUAAAUUUGGAAGGAUGAGUUUGUAAUUUAGUAAUGGUACACGAUAUUUAUAGAUAGUCGAUGUUCAUUCCGUAGGUUCGAAAGUCCACAAAAAAAUUUCUUUUGUAUUUUUCCGAGCCCGUCGACCCACGGAAAAAAGACCCGUCCCUCGUUAUUAUGAAAUGCUCCAAAAAUUCUACAACGUUUUUUGUAACCGUUGUGUGAUAACAACACUUGUAACAAUUAAUUAUUACUGUACUACUAGCUAUCGUUCAAGUGUGUUACACUCUAGUACCUAAUAUAAGUGAUAAUGGUAUUUGGCAGCUAAUUGCAGCCUUUACUUUCCAAUUGGACUUUUUAUUGUCGUUACUAUUAUAAUCAGUACUAUUAUUUUUUAAAGGGCCAUUGCUACACCAAUGCCUUGAAUGAAAAUAGUGAGACCAUAUUUUUCAUCGAUUUUUUAAAUGAGCAUAUCGGUUUCUUUUAAUUCGGCAUUGGUGUUUGGAGCCUCUAUCAUCAAAUGAAACCCUAACUAUACCUAAAUUUAUUUUAAUUAAUGCAUGUUAUUUAAUGUAUUUUUAAUAAAAUAUUAACUUAUACCGUUCUUAUCAAA